AUGGCACAGAUGCGCAUCCAUACCCGUCGCCGCUCCCGGAAACUGUCCAAUGUGUUGUCCAUGUUUGACCCCACCGUUAUCCGGGAAUACAAGGAGGCGUUCACCAUGAUCGACCAGAACGGCGACGGGUUUAUCGACAAGGACGACCUGCGGCAGAUGCUGACGUCCCUCGGGAAGCAGACAACCGACUCCGAUCUGGACGCCAUGAUGAAGCAGGCGACGGGACCCAUCAACUUCACCAUGUUCCUCUCAAUGUUUGGACAGAAGCUGGAGGGUACUGAUCCUGAAGACGUCAUCGUGAACGCCUUCCGCUGCAUUGAUGACAGACGAAGAGGUUUUAUCCUCGAAGAUGAACUGCGCAGCGACUUGACAACGAUGGGGGAAAGAUGGACGGAUGAGAUGGUGGAUGAGCUGUUCUCGGAUGCACCCAUCACCGACGGCAAGUUCAACUACACCGAGUUCACCAAGAUGCUGAAACAUGGCAACAGGGAGAAGGAGGAUACGGAGGAAGAGAUCACAGCGACACCUGGUGGUGGUUCUGCCUGACAGGAAGAGCCCAAUAUCAGGGAUAUCUGGGUCCUGUUUCACAAAACUAUCGUAGCGCUUCGACUGUCGUACCUCCUAUACUGUAAUAGUUAGAGACUUACGACAGUCGUAGCGCUACGAUAGCUUUGUGAAACUGUGCCAUAUUACGUGCAUAGCGAUGUCGUCAUUUAUAGCUGUGACGUCAUUGAAUAUUUUGCGUGGUCUAACUGUGACGUCAUAAUGGUAUUUCGCCUCUCACACCAACUCCGAAUUCAAGUUGACCUUUGAUCGUUUUGUUUGUUUGUUUGUUUGUUUGUUGUGUUAUGCCACACUGAGCAAUAUUCAAGCUAUAAGGCGGCGGUCGGUAU